GUGUUUCUUUCUGUCAUGGAGAUUCUGGGCAGCACUUUUGACGAUUCUGUGUUCGAGGAAGCAAGAAACAGAGUUUCAGCUGCUCUUCCCGCAUACGAGCCCAAACUCUGCGAACCUCUGUGGUUUUGUGAUGAUGGCAAUUUCGAAGACCCAUUAGAAGAACAAAAAACCCUUAAGUUUCGAGGAGAUCUGGCCUACAGGAGGAAACAGUAUCAGGUGGCUCUGGAUGAGUAUGUAUCCUGCCUCUCUUUGGUACCUGCUGGAAACACAUCAGUGAAGAGAGAUGUGCUGGAAGGGAUCGCACGAUGCUGCUGUCACCUGGGCAAAAAAGAAGAGGCUCUAAAUGCCUGUGAGAAAUUGAGAACGGAAGUAUCCAACACCUGCCACCUCACCUGCAUCCUUCAGCUGGAGCUGAGUGUUCAUGAACACUAUAGAGAUCUGACAAACAGCAUCUCCAGCCUGCAGCAGCUGUGCUGUCUUCAUCCAUACCAUCCAUGGCACUGGCUGAAUCUAGCUAUGAGCUUUCAGAGGCUCCUGGAGUCUCACAGGGGUCCAGACAGAUCCAGCGCGGAGGAAGAACACGACAAGCAGCAGGGGACAAGUAACAUUUUACGAUUGAAGACUGUCAUGUGCUUGAUUAGAACAAGGUUGCUAAUUGAAAUCCUGCGGAUUCAGCAGUUCUCAUUCGUUCUGGAGAACAGCCAAAGGACCCUACAAGACAUUGAGGAGGCCCUAAAUGUUUUACAGCCAACAGAAAAAAUGCUUCAGACAGUCUCUGAGGUAAUGGCAGAAGACCUCAAUCCAGAGAAGAUGAGGGAGGAAAACCAAGAUGGAGAAAGUUUAUCAGGACUUUAUAUUAAAGACUUUGAUGAAAGGUGGUGGAACAAACUCCACAUUAAACUGCAGGAGGAGACGCCAGGUUUAUCCAUGCAUAGACCACUGGAGGAGACAUAUGAAUAAUAUGACUGUUGAUUGUACUUUUAGAAAUGAAUGUGUAUCUUUUAUUGGAGUUACAUGCUUUUACUGUUACAGAGCAGAAUAAAGUUAAAUGUUUUAAAAUAAAUAAAGU